GAUUUGUUCUGACUGGCUUUUUGACUGAACAAGUCGAUUAAAUAGAAAUUUUGUCCUACUACAGAAGAAAAAAAAAUAAUCAAAUUGUACUGUGUAUAUAUAAAAAAGAAAUACAGGUAGAGCUGGUGUGUGAGCAGAGAUGGAGGAGAAGAUUGUGUUGCUGGCAGGAGGGGAGAAGCUGGACGGGCUGCUGCAGUGCCUGAAGGGUAUCAAAGACAGGGAGCUGAGCUCGCUGAUCUCACGCAAUGCUGUGAAGGGGAAGGACAUGGGGGUGCUGAUCAGGGCUAUAUUCAAAGGCUCUCCCUGUUCUCAGUCAGAAGGAGUGAGGCGAAGGCUGCUCCUGUACAAACACUGCAUCCAACUGUGCGAGUCUGGGGACCUGCAACUGGAGGUGGUGUCAGACAUCAUUGGACUGCUUAUGCUGGAGACUCACCAGCUGCCUGGACCGACCCUGGCUGAGCUGGCCACUCUGUAUGUAGACGCUAUCAAAGGAGGGAGCAUCACCAAUGGAAAGUCCCUGGAGCUCUUUCCAACCAUCCUCACUGCACUGGCGUCAAAGGAGACCCUGGCUUAUGGAAAAGGUCAGCUGAGUGGAGAGGAAUACAAGAAGCAGUUGAUAAACAGUCUUUGCUCCAGCAGGUGGGACCCUCAUUGUGUAAUUCACCUCACCUCAAUGUUCAGGGAUGUUCCUGUGACAGUGGAGGAGCUGCAGUUUGUGGUUGAGAAGGUGCUGCGGAUGUUCUCCAAGCUGGAUCUUCAGGAGAUCCCACCCCUUGUCUACCAGCUCCUCCUUCUCUCUGCCAAGGGCUGUAAGAAGAAUGUCCUGGAAGGAAUCAUUGCUUAUUUUAACGAGCAGGACCAGUGUCAGAAAGAGGAGCAGAAGGACAGUGAAUCCAUGGAUGUCGAGGUUGCCUCAGUCCCCCAGGACCAGCUCCGCCAUGUGGAAGGAACAGUGAUUCUCCACCUCGUGUUCGCCGUCAAACUGGAUCACGAGCUGGGGAGGGAGCUUGUUAAACAUCUGAAGGGUGAGGUGGGCAGGAUGCUGUGCCCCUUCAACAUCGCACUGUUGCUGUCUAUGGCCAGGAUCCACCGCUUCGAAGAGCAGAUAUCCGACUUCCUUAAAACCGCGAUAAUCAAGUGCUUUAGAGAUUCUCAGAUCCAGCAGGGCUCCAAGUUUAUCCAGGAGCUGGUUCCACUGCACUGCAGCGUGUCUGACAUGAUUAUGGAAACUGUCAGAAACAGUGUGUUUGGCUGGGACCACGUCACACAGGGGCUGGUGGAGCUAGGGCUCAUGCUGAUGGAUUCCUUCGGUCCAAAGCCUGGUCCCUUCGGGAAAGCAGCUGAGUCAAACCACAAUGCCCCCAAGACUGCCGCGCAGCAGGCCUGCAGACUCGGGGCCCAGAUCCUGCUGGAGACCUUUAAGGUGCAUGAGCCAAUCCGAAUUGAGGUUCUGGAGCAGGUGCUAAACCGAGUGAUCACGAAGGCAGCCUCUCCAAUCAGCCACUUCAUAGACUUGUUCUCAGACAUUGUCGUCUCUGCACCCAUGAUUCUCCUGGACUCUUCCUCCAAGGUUAUAGAAGCGUUCGACCACUUGUCUUACCUGCCUCUCAGCACAGUGCAGGGGCUGCUCAAGGCAGUGCAGCCGUUACUGAAGGUCAGCAUGUCCAUGAAGGAUUCCCUUAUUUUAGUUCUGAGAAAGGCAAUGUUUUCCAGCCAGUUAGAUGCCCGGAAGUCUGCAGUGGCUGGAUUCCUCCUGCUGCUGAAGAAUUUUAAGGUGCUGGGCAGUCUGGCCUCCAGUCAAGCCAGUCAGAGUGUAUCUGCAAGCCAGAUCCAAGUGGAUGUCCACUCUCGCUAUAACUCUGCUGCUAAUGAAACAUUCUGCCUGGAGAUCCUGGGCAGCCUGCGCCGCUGCCUGAGCCAGCAGGCUGAUGUCCGGCUCAUGCUCUACGAGGGAUUUCACGACGUGCUUCGCAGAAACUCCCAGCUGGCGAGCUCUAUCCUGCAGACGCUCCUUUCUCAGCUGAAGCGUUACUAUGAGCCUGAGCAGGACCUGCUGCCUCCUGUGAAGCUGGAAGGGUGUAUCACAGCCCAGGGGGACCAGAUCUUCCUGCAGGAGCCCCUGGCCCACCUGCUGAGCUGCGUGGUGCACUGCUUCCUGUGGUACCGAGAGCUGCAGCACCACAAUCGCCAUGAGGAAGAGGAGGAGGAAGAGGAGGAGGGGGGGAUUCAGGAGGAUCUGGAGAACAUUCUCGAUUCCAUCACACGACGCAUGAUCAAGAGUGAGCUGGAGGAUUUCGAACUGGAUAAAUCUGCAGAUUUUUCUCUUUCUUCGAAUGUGGGCGUGAAGAAUCACAUCUACGCUGUUCUAGUGAUGGGAGUGUAUGAGAUCCUCGUGGAAUUUAACUUUAGCUGUGCCAAUUACAGUAAGAACCGAUUUGAAGACCUGCUCGGCUUGUUUAACCGCUACCACAAGCUCUCUGAAAUCCUGAAGGAGAAGUCUGGCAAAGGGAAAUCUCCUUCCAGCAAACCAGCCCGCAGUCUGCUGUCUAUCGGCUUCGUCUCCACCCUGCUGACGGCUCUCUUCAGGGACAGCACACAGAGCCAUGAGGACAGCCUCUCUGUCCUGCGCUCCAGUACUGAGUUCCUCCGCUACGCAGUCGGCGUGGCGCUGCAGAAGAUCCAGCAGCUAGAGGAGACGGGCCACACUGACGGACCCGAGGGGCAGAACCCCGAGAAGACUUUCAGACACCUCUGUGAAAUCACCAGGGUGCUGCUGUGGAGGUACACCUCGAUCCCGUCUGCCGUGGAGGAGUCUGGCAACAAGAAGGAGAAAGGGAAGACUAUCUCCAUGCUGUGCCUGGAGGGGCUGCUGAGGAUAUUCAGUGCAGUGCAGCACCGCUACCAGAACAGAGUCCAGCAGUUCCUGUGCGCUGUAGAUGUGUCCGAGGAGGAGGAGGAGGGCCAGGCAGAGAAUGUCAGCGUAACAGAAAAAACUGCAUUUCACAUCCGGCAGUUUCAGCGAUCCCUGGUGAACCAGCUGAGUGGGGGAGAAGAUGAUUUUAACAGCAAAGAAGCCCAGAUAGUGGUGAACAUCCUGUCUGUGCUCUCACGACAGCUGGAGCCCUCGUCACCACAGUUUGUUGAGAUGUUGUCCUGGACAGUUAAGAUAUGUAAGGAGAGCAGGUUAGAGGAUCCCCAGUUCUGUAAAGGGCUGAUGUCCUUGCUGUUUAGUCUCCAUGCGCUGUAUAAGAGCCCAGUGAGUGUGCUUAGAGAGCUGUCCCAGGACAUUCACAGCCACCUUGGGGACAUUGACGAGGAUGUUGAAGUGGAGAAGCAGUCUCAUUUUGCCAUUGUAAAUGCCAAGACCGCAGCUCCUACCGCCACUCUGCUGGUUUUGUCCCAAGUGGGGAGGAUCCUGGAUGAAGUGGACUGGCUGAUCACUAAACAGAAGGCACAGCUGAGCAGUGAUAAAACAGCAUCAGCAGAUAAGCUGUCCCAGGCUGGCGUGCAGCCGGAGCCGGUGGAGAAGGCCCUGAUUCUGCAGCUGGGGACCCUGCUGACUGGGCUUCACGAGCUGCUGCAGACCUGCCUGCCUCCAGGAGGCUGCGUGGACACUCUGCUCAGAGAGCUCACCAAGAUGUAUACCAUCCUCACCUCCCUGGUGAAAUAUUAUAUACAGAUGUAUACAAAUCAACUGGGACAUCUCCCUGCCAGGUUUGAGAAGCUGGUGAAGCUUUCGGGGUCCCACCUGACUCCCCAGUGCUACGCCUUCAUAACCUAUGUGCAGCGUGAGGACCUGAGCUCUGGAGGAGGAGAGAAGAAAAAGAAGAAGAAAGAGGAAGCCACAACUGCUGCGUCGGCCAAAAUGCUACGCGAGACGAAAGCCAUUCCCAACCUGAUCUUCAGUAUUGAACAAUAUGAAAAGUUCCUCAUCCACCUCUCCAAAAAAUCAAAGGUGAAUCUGAUGCAGCACAUGAAGUUGAGCACAUCCCGGGACUUCCGCAUCAACACAGCCUCUCUGGAGGCUGCACUGCAGGAGCAGGAGGGGGCCGAGAAUGAGAGCCAGCAGACACAGAGCACUGUUUCCCAGGAGCCAGAAGAAAGUCAGGAACCAAAGAAGAAAAGAAGGAAAAAGUCAAAGUAAGAAAGGGUGUGGUAUGCAGAGCUGGUAGUGCUGCCUUGUUCCUAGUCAGGGUUUAAUGAUUACAGGCAUCGACUGUAUCUCUGCUGAAUUAGACUGACACAGAAAAGACGGGCAACAUAGCUGGAGCCAUUACAAAACUGUUCAUAGACACUUAUACGAUAUGAGCUCCGUAGUUCAGCAUUGUUAAGUUUGACACAAAACCUGUAUGUUCAGAUCAGGACGCCUCUUUCCAUAGACGGGUGUAUUGAAAUGAUUUCCCCAGCAGCAGAAUCGUCUCUGAAAAUGCAUGAGGAACCUCCCAGCUAUUUCCCUUUAGCCAGCGAUCCCUUGGUGAUUUCAAUAAUCUGAUAAAUAUCCAGGGAUUCUCCUACCGGAUAAAAGAGGUUCGACACAAAUAACAAGAUAUAUUUAACAAGUAUACAUACAUUUUCUUUUUUUUUUUUUCAUUCAAAGAUCUGAGAAACAAGCUAAAAAGUUUUACCAUGUCACAAAAAAAAACAAGACUUCCAUAGAAGAUCUGUUUCCAGAUUUUUCUGUGCUUAAGACACACCUGAGUUAGUUACCUGUACACUGACUACUUAAACUCAUUUUAAAACCUGGAAUGCACACAUUGCUACACAAUAGGGAGUAGCUCUGGAAAAAGCCGCAACAUAGAUACUGAAACUAGAUACCAGACAAACUAAAGAGAUCAGCAGUUCAAAACCUAUCUGCGAUUCACCUAUUAAACUACACUUUGAUGCCAGAUGGGAUUGGAAAUGUGACACCUGACCACCAUGCAAGUGUAGAAACUUUAAAUGAACUUCUGUAAAUGACAUCACUGCUGAUGUAUAUAAAAUAAAUACAUUCAUAUUGCAUGGGAGAAGAAAU